AUGUUGUGGCUGUAUUAAAACAAAACUUUAAUAAAUUGCAAAUAAUCAUCACUCAACCUACUAUAUUAAAUGUAGGCUCUACUUUUGAAAGAAACAGUAACUAUUCUUUCGAACGUAGCCGAGCGGAGUUUGUGGGACGUCCUUCGGUGACACGCUGAGGGAGGGGGCGGAGGGAUCUGCUCUCAGCAGCACGCUCUCGCUCUGCCUGGUGACGCAGUUGGUUGCUAGGUGUGAAUGAACUGAUGCUUUCUCAGAAUUAAGCAGCUCCUCAGUUUACAGGUCGACCACAACAAAGCAACAACUCGUCCUUUUUUGCGGAUAUUCCGAGCUAAAAGAUGGCUCUUUGAACUCGUGAAGUUUUCGGACCCGUGAAGAAACCGUGCCUUGCUUCAGCAACGCACCUCAAGUGCUCUACCUUUUUUUCUGCAAGAAUGGAGUUUCAUUAUGCACACCCUGCCCUGCUCUCUGUGGCCCAUCUGUCAGACGCUGCUUGCUCUCAGCAUAUGCUUGGACUUGGACUGAAUCAAAGCACCAUCAGACAAUAUGAUGGCAACAUCAGCUCCUGUUUGGAAGACUCUUCGUGUCUACCCGGCAGACCCCCUCGCUCUCUCUCACCCACAGGCUAACCACAGCCAAUCACAGGGGUGCAGGGGGGAGGUGUCAGAGGAGACUCAGCACUUAAUUGGUGAGUUGCAGCGAGUACGCUUUUUUAUAUUUUUCCCCGUUCCAGGUGGGAUCGGCACUGCAGCACAUUCGUCCUUCUCGAACAGUGAUGGUCUCACUGGCUGGAUGACGGAAGAAGUGGAUUUCUCCUCGUACCUCCCAAACCCUCCUUCCCCUCCCUCCUCCACCAAUGCCUCCCUUCCCCCUUCACCCCUUCAGAAUGAUAUCCAGGUGCCCUCGGACUUGGAGGUCAUGACCUCUCUGCUGCAAGAGGAACUGGCCCAACUAGAGGACUACUUCCUGUCUGAACCACUGCCAGAGAAAGGGCCGAGGCUGGGAAAAUGGGACAGGGGUCCACUGCCGACGGGUCCUCAGCCGUUCACUCAGCUGCCAUACGCAUCAUACUCCACGUCCAACCAAUCGGAAUCCAGCCCACUCCUUGUUACCCUGGCAACCGGUGAACUGGACCUGCUGAGCAUCUGUGGCGGGCCCAUUGGGCGAUCCAAAAUUCCUAGACACGCCCCGUACAGCUGCAGUCGCCCCACUGGGUGUGUGAGGAAAAGAGUUCCUGACGGGACAAGGUUCCUCGAGGGCUAUGAUAACAGUUUGUUGAGUUCCAAAGGAAGUAACUCAGGUAACUCGGCCGUGACCCUCACCGGUAGCUACGACUGUGUAGAGGACGAGCAGCUGGUAGGGAAAAGCUACUGUCUGGGUAGUGCAGUCGAGGUCAGAAGAUGUGCCGCUCUACCAAAAGACGAGAAAAAUUGCUGUUUCAGUCAAGAUGUCAUAGGUGGUUCCAAGGUUGUCGGCGGUGGAUUUGGCUUUGGCGGAUCACUUGAUGUCCCGCACAAAAAAGAGGAUCUGCUGAUGUAUAGCAUGAGGGAGGUCAGCGGAGUCACCGGUAACAAUGAGGUGCUGAAUAAUAUCAAAGCUAGUAUGGAGGUCACUAAAGCCUCAUGGAAGACAGAGAGCAGUGAAGGUUGUUAUCUUCCAGCAGCACCGCAGUCAGAGGCCUUUCAUAGCUUCUUAGGCAAUAUCAACGAACAGGUGAAAUCAGAGAGUCUACGGAUAGGGCAGCAUGAUUUGCACUGUAAUUUCCUGGAGGAUCAGGGCCCAGAGUGUCUUUUAAUGUCUAGGGAGAGUCUGAACAUGGAGUCUCCGUGUCACAGACAAGCAUGCAGGCUAAAUGAAGAAGACCACUGUGCUUUAAACUACGAAGACGACCUCAUUCCAGGUGAAGGCGGCGAGCGCAAACAGAAGAAGAGAGAUCAGAACAAAACUGCCGCUCACAGGUAUCGCCAGAGAAAAAGGGUGGAGCUUGAUACUUUGGAGGGACAGUUGCAUGGCCUUGAAGGGAGGAACCGGGAGCUCCGGGACAAGGCAGAGUCGGUAGAACGUGAAAUCCAGUACGUCAAAGACCUGCUGAUUGAAGUUUACAAGGCCCGCAGCCAAAGGCUCAAGCAGGACACAACAGCGUAACACCGAGCUCCUGCAAGUAUAUUUAAAGUGGGCGUAACAGGGAAGAUGUGGCGCCUUUUUGUGUCUUUUAAGAUUGUCCAGAAAUGAAUGUUUGAAUUUUUUUUAAAUGCAUGCUUUGCUAACGUGAAUGAUUUUUGACAGUUAAAACCAACACUUUAUCCGAUGCAUCCAUUGCUUUCGCUCUCUCUAAUCACUUGAGCCUGCACUGUGGCAUUGCAAUGCUUUAAAUGACAAUCAAUUAAAAAAGAUAUUGCACUGCGUGGAUCUACUAAUUGAAGUACAGUUAUUUCUGGGAUUUUUUUUUUCAUUAUGCGGGUUUAAUAAUUUAACAGCCUUACAUUUGAAUUGAUGUCAGCGAUAGAAAUUCAUAUUUUAAAUUUACAAUAACUGUACUAUACUUUUAAUAGUUGAGGUUGUUAACCAUGUGGUUGGUGUCACUAAGUGAAACUGCAUCGCUUCCUUUUUGAUUUCAUAUUUUAAACCAAAUACUUUUCUACAAUCAUGUUCUCGCAUCGCUUGUACAGCAAAUGUUAUUUUAACUGUUUUGAAUAUUUUAAAAUACUCGAAUUGGGCUUGAAGAUGUAUUGACUUUUACAAUUGCGGCUAAUGUAAAGAAGAGCACAAAAUAAUUUAUUCAACCUUAACUAUUGGUUGGCAAUUUCAAUAAAUGUUUUGGACAAUUUAUUUUAUUGACUUAAAGGUAGGGUAGGUAAGAAUGGAGAAACCAGCUCGAGUGCGCUAGAAUUUGAAAGUAAAGUGUUUCUGAAGUGAAUUACCUACCCGACCUUUAAGGUUAUACAACCCAACAUGUUUUUUGAUGUUUUGAGAAUGUAAUUCCUUUUUUUCCUAUUUAUUUUACUGAAUGUGAAACAUUUAGAUUUUACCCUGCGUUGUUGGAAACAUUAUUUCGUCCACUGUAUGUACAUUUGUAUUUUUUUUCCUGAUAUUUGCAUUACUUUAAAUGUAACAAAUGACUAGUUUUUUUUCCAUAUGAUAAAUUUGUGACCAAAAAAGUUGAUCAAUGACACUGUUAACGGAGGAAACUGAAAUGUGAUUGUGUUUGUGGGGUAUUUGUAUAAAUGUCUUCUAUUGCAAAUUAUACAAUCUACUUUGCAGCUCAGGAUAUGCAAUCUGUCCUCCUGUCAGGAUGAUCCAGGCAGACUUCCAUACUUCAUUGUACACGCUAAAUAUUUCAGUGCUACUGGCGUACAGGUUUUCCUUAUGUAAAAAAACAUUUGUCUUUGUAUAAUAUUUUAACUAGUGGAGUUUUAGCAGCUUCCCUCGGCAUGUUUUUCCAUAAACGGAGUAGAAAAUGUAGAUUUCAGAAGUUGGGGAUUGUUUCUCUGAAGUGCUUGUUAAGGCAAUAACUUUUAUAGGCCUCUGGCUGAUCUGCACUAAUUUGUAAGAACUUUUGUAUGUUCAGGGAGUAGAGUGUGUUACUUUGUCGAAAGUUAGCUCAAAAAGAGUCAUUGGGAUGUUUGUUCAGGCUUUUGUGUUAGCUUUGGUGUAAGGGAAUUGUGUAUAAAUUAUUUUUCAAUUUGAUUUGUUGCUACGCAAAUAAACCUACAAUUACUGCCUAUAUCGUUAUAUAUUUUUGCAUUUAUUUUAAGACAAUCAUGGAUAUGAAAGUUAUCUUUUAGAGAUUUAUUUAUCAUGUGUAUUUUUUGUAUUUUUUGGAAAAAAAAAGGCAUCUCACUUUGUUCAACCAGUCUGCGGUGUACUAUCAACUCCCGAUUGUUAAAACCAAAAAUGUUAUGUUCAUUUAAUCAUAUCUGCACAUUUCCUUUUUGUGACGUAACGUUUUUUUUCUUCUAAAAGAAAUAAAGUGUGGCUCGAAGAAGCGGUC